GUUUGCAACGAAAGGUUAUAAUAUUAUAGAAUAUUUGUUUUUCCGCAUUGAGCAACAUAAAUUUCAUGGAAAAGUGAUGGUAAAUUUGUAUGAGAUUAAUUAUAUAUUUCUUUAAAAAACCCACUAGACUUAAAAACGUGAGAAUUGGUUAAGAAGUUUUUUUACCCCCUCCCCACAGGCCACAGUCACAAAAAUGUCAAAAAAGUUAGACCCCCUGCCCUCUCAAAUAUAUAAUAUAUCGUCAAGGUAAAUGUCGAGGACGAAUGCCACUAUUUUAUCCAUGGCCGCGACUAAUGCCCUAAAUCGAUCCCUAAGCCUAACCUGAUGAAGCCUAAAUCGAUCCCUAUGCCGCUGAACCCUAAAUCGAUCCCUAUGCCUAACCUAAACCCUAAUUCACUGCAACUAAAUAAACAAGCAAAUGACGCCGUGACAUUCGUGCUCUACAUUAGCAACGUCAAAUAUCUGCCCCACCACCUAUUUAAAAAAAAAUCCCUCUUUCCACUACUACCAUGGGCACCCGCAGGGGGGGGGGGGGGGGGGGAAGGGGGGCCCCUGCCCCCCCCCCCCCUGGAUUGAUUGGAUAAAAAAAUUUUAGACAAAAAUAGCCAAAAAAUUUAUUAAAGUAAAGAGAAAAUAAAGAGAAGGUAACUAAUAAGCUGAUGUCCUGUCCGUUCGUUCACCAUUCAAAUGCUGCUACAGUAAAUUAAAACUACAUUAAAAUAUUAAUAAAAAAAAUUUGCCCCCCCCCCCACUCUAGAAAGUUAAUCGAUUUUUUUGACCCACCCCUAGAAAGUUUUCUGCGGGCGCCCAUGGACAAUAAACCUAAUGUUUUGAAAUUUAGACGAGAUGCAGCGCUGCAAGAAGGUUAAAAAUCUCUGCCACAUAAAAUUUAUAAAGAACCCAGUUGGCCAAUUAUCUAUUUUUCGUUCCAUCUCACUUCACAUGGUGGUAGCCCUAAUUCUAUGACUCCUAUCUCCACAUUAUGACAUAAAUUCUUACAAUUUUCAAACUCACUAAACUCUGAUUCUCCUCCGUGGCGGCCUGUAACUUGAUUGAUGCCAUUUUUCAAACCUUGCAUAACUUGUAGCAUAAAAGAAUAAUGUUAAAAAUGUCUAAUUUAGUAUUUUUAAAUGCACAUUUUUUCAAGAAUGUUCAGCUUUUAAUGUGACUUCACAUUGCAACCCCUUCCUCCUCCUUCCCCCCUCCCCCCCUUCAUACAUCAUCACAAAAAAUGUGACCCCCUCACCGCCGUUGAUAUUUACAUCAUUUAUGGAUGGCCCAAAUAUCCAUUAAUGUUACAGAUGUUUUAACUGGUAAAUAUAUGUUGUGUUUUUUUUUUAAUGAAGGGCAUAUAUGUUUUUACUAUUUUUAAAAACAUACGUUUUGUUUACAGUUCAGGGGCCUGAAAAGAGUUGGAUAGGCCUUUACUGUAUAGAAUAUAAUAAUUUCUCAAAACCAAAGGGUUUUAGAAACGUAAACAUCUAUACAUAGACACUUCUUUCAAAAUAAGGAAAGUCUGAUUUACUGUUUCCUAACUAUACAUUUCAAGGGUGUGGAAAAUAUUAUUUUUUUUAAAGGAUAAAAUAGAUCAAAACUUGAUUCACUUACAUACUUUCCUAUAGCAGGUAGAAUGUAGCACAAUAUAUGCCUUCAAUUAUUACCCCAGUAACACUGGGUCAUAUUUGCUAGUUAUUUUAUAAUAAAUGUUUAAGUUUAAUUGUUUAUGAAUCUUUUAUUGUUACUAAAUGUUACUCAAAGCCCCUUCAUUAACUUUUUUUUUUACAGCACAGAAGACUUACUUUAAUAUGCUCUAACUAAUGUGUUGAUUCAAUGUUCGAAAGCCAGUUAGCAUCAUCAAUUGUUGGGAAACAAACUUCCUUUUUAACUUACUGAAAGACGUCAUAUUUAACUCAUCUAAUUAUUAAACAUCAACUAAAUUAAUCAUACCAUUAACAAAAUUUUUGGAGGGUAAUUUUCAUGGCCUAUUUUUCUCUCAUGACAUGGAUCAGAAAUCGAGGGUGCCAAAAGCUUCAGCACAAAACUGGAUUUGAGGUUUGGAUCAGGGGCUCAGUGAGCCACUCCCAAGAUAAAUUAAAAAAGCAGUGGUGCAAUUUUGGCAUAUACAGAAGAUAUGCUAAUGGAAAUUUAGGUUCCCUUGACUUGGUUCUGUUUAUACCAGUGGUUCUCAACCUUCCUAAUGCCACGACCCUUUAAUAUUGUUCCUCAUGUUGUGGCGACCCCCCGCCACAAAACUAUUUUCUUUGCUACGUAAUAACUGUAGAGCAUAUGUGUUUCCAGAUGGUCUUUGGCGACCCCUGGGAAAGGGGUUGCGACCCACAGGUUGAGAACCGCUGGUUAUACAAAUCCUUUAUUUUUAGUUGUUUAUAAACAAUUAUGUUGUUUUAUCAAUUUUAAUUCAAACUAUUUAUUUGUUUAAAAUACUUCAUUAAUAAAUAAAUAAAAAAUUUAAAAAUACAUUUAAAAUAAUUGUUAGUCACAAAAAAUUACUACUAACAUCAUUAUAUGCCCUAUGUUGAAUGACAAAGAAAUAGAACUAUAAGUAUAAUAAUAAAUAGAACUAUAAGUAUAAUAGUAAAUAGAACUAUAAGUAUAAUAAUUAACUUUUUGCACUUAUUUAAAAUUUAAAUAUUUUUACUGAUAGAAAAAAUAGAGCAAAUACUGUUAGGCUGAAAAGGUCUUUAGAUUUCUGUGGCUUUUUAAAAAUAGGAUAGGAUUAUAAUAUAUAUUUACAAAAGGUGUAAUUUGUUCAAUAAUACAUGAUUUAUCUGAGUAUUUUCUGAGUGAAAUUGAAGCAGUAAUAAUUUCCCAAAAUUCAGUAAAUUGAAAGGUUAAUAUGGAAUUUCAACCUACAAUAACUUUCUUCAGAUAAAUUACUAAGUAAUUAACAUGUGACUACUAUUUUUGACUCUUAGAUUAAACCUGUUUCAACCCCCCCCCCCCCCCCCCCCCCCCCCCACCCCAAUCCCAGGAUGUUAUUUUUAAAUUGACAAAUUUUUCUCAAACUAGUACCUAAUGAAAAUGGAAUGGAUGUCAAAUUUGCAAAACUUGUUUACAAAACUUCAGAAACCUGCUCCUUAUUGUACUUUGAAAGAUCUUUUAAUAUCCAUUUACAAUAUUGGCAACUUGGUGUCCCUUAGAAGCAUGAGCUUCCUACAAGUAUGAGGCGGCACUACCUUGACAAUGAUUUUAUUAUAAAAGAUCCACUAUGAAUUAAAAUCUAAGAACGUCUUAUAAAACAGUAAAUAUACAAAUCCAGAAAGACAAUUAUUAUUAAUUAAUAUUUGACAUCACUCAAUGAAAUAAAACUUUAAAUUCAGAUCAGAUAAAAGUGGACUUAUGAACUUCAAAUUUUUAAUUGAAUUACAAAGAGAAUUGUAGACUGCCAGUACUAAAGUACUAAGGAAAUGUACUUUUGGCUUAUUACAGUAAGAAAGACUUACUUUAUUUUAAGCAAAAUUAAGAUAAGAUAAGAUAGGACUCUUUUAUUGAUCCCAAUAAAUGGAAAUGUUUUUUUUAUUGCAUUAUACAUCUUCAGCACAUAUAUAAAACAAUUUGAAGACAAGGCAUUUAUAAUAAAUUAUCUCAAACAGCCAUUCAGUGAGUUCUCUUAACCAAAUCGGGGACUUAUUAGUUCUCAGAGGGAGCACGCCGGUAAAUUUUUACAGAUUGGGGAACAAAAGAAUUUUUAUAUCUUUCAGUCCUUGCCUUGAUUGAAAGAAUUCUUCCCGAACGGCCUGAUCCUAAGUAUUUGUGAUGAAGAGGGUGGGAUGUAUCAUCCAAAAUGUGUUUAGUUUUACAAAAACAUCUUUCUUCAAAUAGUUCUGCAAGUGAAGGAUAUCUAGUUUGUUAUGUUCCUAGCUUUCUUGAUUAGUCGGUUUAUGCGGUGUUUAAUAUCAGAUGUCGAAUUCCCACACCAGGAGGUGUUACUGAAAUUAAGUAGGCUUCCAAUUGUUGCACUGUAGAAUAAGUUAACGACUUGCCUGUUUACCCCGAAAUUGUACAGCUUUUUGAGAUAGAACAGUAUUUAGUUGAAUUUCUUAUACAGCAUUUGGCCAUGCUCAUGCCAUGUUAGCUUAUUAUUAAUGGUGACACAUAAUACUUGUAUGCCUCCACUUUCUCUACACUUUGAUUUUUUUAUGUUGAGAUCUGUAAUCUGGUGUUUCCCCCUCCUGAAAUCAGCAAUCAUUUCCUUUGUUUUUGAGACAUUCAGCUGGAGAAAAUUUUCAUCGCACCAAUUGAUAAAGCUUGUAACUAAAUUGCGGUAUAGGCCUUCUCCUUCAGAUAUUAAGCCAAGAAUGGUGUUAUUAUCAGCAAAUUUCAAGAUUUGAAUGGUGUCGCUUGAGCUUUGAAUAUCAUUGGUAUAUAUGGUAUACAGUACAGGAGAGAGAAUGCAGCCUUGUGGUGCCCUUGUGCUUAUUUCUCUGGUUAGAGAUAAUUGAUAUUUACUUUGACAUAUUGUGGUCGAUUUGUUAAAAAGUUCAGUAUCCAAGCAUGAAUAUUUAAAUUGACACCUAACGAGGAUAGUUUCUUUAUCAUAAGGUGUGGUUAGAUAGUGUUAAAUGAUCCAAAUAUUACUUACUAAUCCAAAUAUUAAUUUCUCUACUAUUACUCUCUGGGUAGAAAUGAGAAUAACAAAUACAAUGCAUAAGACAUAGGUAAACAAUUAAAAUCACAUCAAAUUAUUAAUAAUCAAUGAUACUCUAACAGUGACUAUAGUCCUAACAUUUUCUUAAUAAACUACAACUACACUUCUACAUACCCGUACACAUGAAUAUGAAAGUUAACAACACUAACCCAACACAAUCAGGAUAAACACGCUUCAUCAACUAAUUAUGCCAGCCAGGCAUUGUUUUAAGCUGGGUGCCGGUCAAGGUUAACAGGCUAAAUUCCAUUGUUAUUUGAGAAAUUGUAAUUAUUUUAAGGCCCAGCCUAAUUGUGUCAUAUCGCGUGGGGUAGCGAUGGAGAGAGAGUGUGAGCCAGCGGGUCUCACAAAGGUGAGGACCAGCGGGUCUCAACACUAGGUGAUGAUAAAGUCUUUCCAACAAUAGUAAGAUUGCAUCCUUUGUGCUUCUGGCAGGUUUGUAAGCAAAUUGGUGGGAGUCAAGUUUUUGCUGUACUUCAUUCAAAAUUUCUUUCAGAAUUAUUUUCUCAAAACAUUUCAUUACCAUAGAGGUAAGUCGUUGUUACACAUUACCUUAUUUUUCUUUGGAAUUGGUAUGAUUUCAGGCUUGUAAAAGUUAUUAAAAUAAAUUCACUCAAUAUAGUUUUUUAAAGAACAAGAGAAUAACAACGUACACAUGGCAAAAAUACUAGGUAGCACAGGCUUUGCAUUGCUACUAACUCAUACUACAUAUGUUGGUAUCUAGGGGUGUGCCGGAAUCCGGUUCCGCCGGAUUUUGCACUAACCGGUGAAAUCCGGUUCUGCCGGAUUUACAUGUAUCCGGAACAACCGGAAUCCGGAAUAUACCGGAUUUCGGAAUUUGUCAGAUUUUGUGACUCACCGGAUCAUAAUCUGAAAUAAAAGUAAUUCUCUUUCCCGAAUUCCACACGAUCACGAUACAUUAAUCGAUUGUUUCGAGGGUUGAGCUUGUUUAAUGUUUAAUAUUCCGAACAUAUCAGAGGCUAGAGUCAGCACCGCUAAUAGUGGCCAAUAAUCCGGAAUCCGGGAGAAACCAGAAUCCGGAUUAUUCCGGAAUCCGGAUCCGGCGGAUUUCGCAUAAGAAAAUCCGGAUCCGGUUGGAAAAAACGGAUCCGGCACACCCCUAUUGGUAUCCCAUGGAUCUCCAUACAUAAGAUAGUAUUUCCCUUACAAAAAAAGAAAAAGGUUGAGAAGCUCUGAUACAGUCAUCUUUAUUAUUUAUCUGCUGUAAUAUUAGUUGGUGUCUACUAAAGCUGUCUGCAACUUAAAAAGGAAACACUGAAUGCAUCCUUGGUGUGUCUUAAGGGAGUUAAUACACCAGGGGACCUAAUAAAAUCUUUUUAAAAGUAAAAGUAUUCUGUAGAAAUUAUUUUAAAAUAUCUUUUAUUGUAUUCACUACUUAGAAAAAGCACAUUUGUUUUCUUGUUUCUCUUAACAUAAUUUUCUUCUGUCUCAAAAUUACCUUCUAAUUACCCAAGUUAUCUCACCAAUUCAUCCAUCCUUCAACCAUCACCAAACUUGUGUCAAUUUCUAAAAUUAAUUUAAAAAUUCACCUUGAACAAUCAUAAAUUUAUAAUUUGUAAGAGUGAGCAGUUUAUUUUUAUUUUGUUUGUAAGUCCAUUUUAUUGUUUGUCAUGGCUUCAGUAUAUUAUAUAGAGUAUGAAAGCUGAGUCGGUCACCAAUAGGCUUCCAUGAGACCUUAUGGGUACAAUCGUAAGCUGGCUUGCAUGCUGGCUUAAGACAAAUUAUUAUUAAGAAGACAUUUAAACAGAUACUUUGUACAUAUAAAAAAAAAAACAAUAUAUAUUGUACUCUCCAGAUAAUGCUUUUCCACCUGUUGGCACUUUGUGUGUUGGCUAGUCCUCUGGCACAGGGACUUGACAAUGGACUAGCCCUGACUCCACCAAUGGGCUGGCUUUCAUGGGAGCGUUUCCGCUGCAAUGUUGAUUGCACUAAUGACCCUGAUAACUGCAUAAGGUACAAGUUGCUUCAUCAGGAGCAUGGAUUUCCUUCAUUAUUCAUUGAUAUUAAAUCCUCUUUCCUUCCCUAACAUUUUCAUCAUGUUCUUUGGACUUCACAAAAGUUUCUAUUUAUAUUUUAAAGUAAUUUUGGUAGAAUUUUUUAUUAAUUUGUUGUAUGGCUAAUCGUAAUUCUCCUGUAUGUCUUCAGUGAACGUCUGUACAUGAAGAUGGCUGAUCUGAUGGUAUCAGAAGGUUUUAGAGAUGCAGGUUAUGAAUAUGUCAAUAUUGAUGAUUGCUGGCCUGCCCUAGAAAGAGACAGUGAUGGAAGACUUGUUGCAGAUCCAGUAAGGUUUCCAAGUGGGAUAAAGGCACUGGCUCAAUAUGUAAGUGAACAUUGACUCAAGGAAUAUCUGCAUACUCAUAUACCAUACCAAAAGCCAUCUUCUCUUUUAAUAUCUGACAUACAUCUUCAAAUUUAAAAUAAUGUAAUAUCACCAUUAAAUUCUAAUAUCUUACCCCCGAUUAUGAAAGGAGAGAAUAUCUUCUAUGUAAUCUGAUUUUGUUUAUACAGCUUCAUGGCAUUGGUAGGAUAUUUUCCAAGUAAACUAAGACUGUCUUAGUCUAUCAUGGACUAACCCACAUGCUUACCUGGACAUGGACCAAGAAACAAUGUAAAAGAGAAACCUGCUUCUUCUUCUUCUAUAUAUUAAGGGCCCACGAUCAAUUUAUUGAUCAUUUUGGCUCCUAUGCAUGUAGAUGGGAUUUGCAAUGUUUCUGUUACUGGUGUUGAUGAGGAAAUCAUGCACUAGGGGUUUGAAGGCUUGAGACAAUAGACACAAAUGUAUCUAGUGUUGUCGCCUCAACCGUUCCUUUUGAAAGAUUGUUCCAGUCCCUGAUUGUCUUGGGCAGGAAUGAGCAGUUUCUAUACUGGCUUCUUGCUGGUAUGAGCCUGAAUUGCCUGUCAUGGCCUCGUCGCUGUCUAUGGGGGAGAGGGACGAGUUUCUGUUUAAUGCUGGAGCAGUGGACCAGCCCAUUAUUUAUCUUGUACAUCAUGGAGAGCCUGGAUUGUCGUCGUCGUUUCUCCAAUGGUGACCAGCCUAGAGUUUCCAGCAUGCUGCUAACACUAGAGGUAUUCCUGUAGUGGUUUAGGACAAAGCGUGCUGCUCAUCGCUGGACCGCCUCCAACCUGUCAAUGCUCUUCUGGGUAAAUGGAUCCCAGACUGAAGAUGCAUAAUCUAAAAUUGGACGGAUAAAGGCUUUAUAUGCUCUUUCUUUAACACAGGAGUUGCCAAUCUUUAGAUUUCGCCUUAAGAACCCUAGGGUCUUGUUUGCUUGGUUACAUACAUUGUUAAUAUGCUCGUCCCAGCAGACCUCUCUUUGAAUGUUAACACCCAGGUACUUUACGGAGGAAACUUGCUCAAGUAUAUGGCCGUGCAGUUCGUAUUGGUAGUGUAGAGGAGUACAACUUCAAGAGAUUGAUAGUGUCUGACACUUGGCAGGGUGAAAUUCCAUGUCCCAGCUCAUCUCUCACUCAGCUAACAGAUUGAGAUCCUGUUGUAGCUGGUCCUGGUCAGAUCUGUUGGCGAUCGUCCUAUACACUGCUGUGUCAUCUGCGAACAGUCUUGUCUGUCAUGUCAGUUUCUCGGGUAGGUCAUUAAUGUAUGCUAGGAACAAACAGGGGCCCAGGACUGAUCCCUGGGGGGACCCCUUACUUCACUGACAAAGGAGGAGCUUGUACCGCCCACCACUACUGCUUGGCGUCGGUGGCUGAGGAAGCUAGAGAUCCAUGUUUUAGUGGUGCCUUGAAUCCCAUAUCUCUGGAGUUUGUGUAGAAGCAAACUAUGAUUCACACGGUCAAAUGCUUUUGCGAAGUCCAUUACUAGCACGUCAGUCUGCUUGUGGUUCUCCAGAUUGGUCAUCAGGUCUUCUACAAAUUCGAGAAGCUGGGUCUCACAUGAUCUAUUGACUCGGAAGCCAUGUUGACAGUCAUUGAGUAUAUUUUGGCUUUCAAGAUGCUUCAUGACAGUGCUUACGAUUAUGUGCUCCAACAGUUUGCAGACGACGCUGGUGAGGGAUAUCGGACGAUAGUUGGCAGGGUCGGAAUGCUCCCCUUUCUUGUAAAUUGGAGUGACAUGCGCUGUUCUCCAGUCUGCUGGAACAUUUCCUGUGCAUAGUGACGAUUGGAAGAGGAUUGUCAGUGCAGGAGCGAUUUCUUUGGCUAAUUCUUUGAGCACUCGUGGUUUGAUGUUGUCAGGACCACAUGCUUUGUAAGGGUUAAUGGUAUUGAGGAGGACAAACACACCUUGUUCUGAUAUCUGGAUAUCUCCCAUGACAGGGUAGGCUCUGUUCAUCAUUUUGGUCUUCACUGCUAAGGUAUGGCACUGUGCAUAUUCUAACCCUUCUCCUCUCAGGCAUUAAACAAAUUUUAACCUAGUUGUUUAAAAAUGGAUAUAUUUUUGUUUGCAGAUCCACUCUAAAGGGCUGAAACUAGGAAUCUAUGAAGACUUUGGAUCUAAAACAUGCGCUGGAUACCCAGGCAGUGAGUUUUACAUGGAAACAGAUGCCAAGACCUUUGCUGAAUGGGAUGUUGACAUGCUCAAAUUUGAUGGCUGCAACUCUGAUCCAAAAGAUAUGCCUUAUGGUGAGUUAGCAUUUCAAACCUCGGCAACUUACAUCCUUGAAAAGUUUUUCAUCUUAGUUAAUCAGUAAUAAAUUAUGUCCAUCAGAUCCAAUAAAUAAGAAUUAAUGCUCUUAACUUACUGUGUUGAAAUACAAUAAACUGUAAAUGCUAUUUAAGACUGUUGUAGCACAUGUUAAUAUUAUAAACAUCCCAGGUUACCCCACGAUGCAGUUCUUCAUGAAUAAAACGGGCCAUCCAAUGGUCUUCUCAUGUGAAUGGCCAGUGUACGAGCUUAUUCAUCAACUUCCAGUGGUGCGUGACCAGAGUUAGAUCUUGAGCCAAUAUAACAAAAUAUACUAAAUGUUGUCAGUGCUUUUGAUGGCUACAGGUUAAUUCAUGACAGCUUUAUCAUUUUGUUUACUCACAAAAAUUGAAAGCAAACAUAUUUUCAGGCCUAGAAUACAACUGUCUUUCAAGAAUUGGAAUGCUUUUAUAUAGAGUUUCACAGCCUGAUGUACUACAUGUGUUUUUUUUAUUGAAGCCAAAGGUAUGCAUCCAUAUACAAUUUCCAGUGCUGCCUUUCGUUUGGUUUAACCUAUGUACUCAUACUGCCUCACAGGGUACCCCAUCAUGGAGCAUUUCUUAAACAAGACUGGUCACCCAAUUUUGUUUUUGUGUCAGUGGCCAGGUUAUUUGGUUGGAGUGGGAAUAAAGGUGUGUCCAGCUGUUCAAAUGUCUUCAUUAGCACUUAACAAAAUGGAGUGCAAACAGCCACCAUAGUUGCAAUCUGCUGUUCUGUUUCUUGUUUCUUAGCCUUUUACUGAAAUAGCACAUGCGUUGCUAAACUUGUUUUUAAUCCUGAGCAUGAUCAAAUAUGAUAUACAAGAUCACAUGAUGAUUAGUCAUGUUAUUGAUCUGUAGCUGAUAAUACACUGACAACAUCUGGUGAGUGCACAUCUGUUCUAGUUGAAGCAUAUCAUAAUAAUUAAUGUUAAUUCAAUUUUUAAGUGUAUUUAAAAUAUGGCAGCAGAAUUAAAGCAUUACAUUAUUGAAAAAUGUUUAGUAUAAUUUAUCCCAUUGAUCUAUUGGAAUGUGCCUUUUCAGAUUGGUUCCUUUGAUAAACCCUUACUAUAUUAUUACCUAUUGUUUCUUACAGAUAUAUUAUUCUUGUCAAACCAUUUCUUUCUCAUUAAUUCAGCUUUCUUUACAAAGGUAAAUUCUUAAGAUGCAAAAUUCAAUGAAAUGUCAAUUCCAGUUUCUUGAAAUUUGUUAUUUGUAUUAAUACUUGGAAUUUAUGAUACCAAUGGGGAAUUAAGUAAAGAUAUACAGGUAAGGAAUUCUUGGAGAAGUUCCUUUAAGUUCACAAUUAAUUCAUCAGUUCUUUUGGUGGUCCAUAUGGAUCAGUUGAUAUUGAGGUAAGUUUUAGAAUAUAUUUUCCAAUUGAUGUUUUUAUAAAACGACUGAAAUAAAAGAGGUAUGUAUUUAAUAAGUUGCAACAUAUGUUGCCUUUCUCUUAUGACUAAUUUGGGUUUGUUGAAAGUAACAAACAUGAUUUAUUCUAGGACAUUGCUAUAUUACAGUAGGAGGAACAUUUGUUCCUAUUUUCAGCUGAGUGAAAUAUUUUGAAAUAUGAUCAGCAUUUUGUACAUGGUAGCUGCUUUGUUCUUGUUUUUAGUCCAUUGUUUAUCUCAGUCUUGCCAGACUUUCUGCUAGAUGUGGGAAUUUUUUUACCUAGUCUUUCCUUUAAAAAAAUUCAAUUAAGUUUUGUACUACUUUAAGUUGGCAACACUGUAUUAUCUAUAAACUCAUGUGUAGAAGUAGAAAGAACAUGGCAUUAUUUUAACUUUUUAGAAUAUUUAUUCAGGUUAAAAUUCAUAUUUAAAAAGAAAAGAAAAAUUAUAACAAAACCAUUUUAUAUUAAUCUUAAGCCUGUAAAGGAAUUGAUUUUAUAUUUUAUGAAUUUUUAAACAGAUUUACUUUAAGUCUAAAUAAUUCCAAAAUAAAAGUUCCAAUAAAAUUCCAUAAAUAGAAUUAGAAUAAUUCCACACAAAAAAUAACAAUGACAAGAGAUCAAUAAAGUUGGUUAUUUCCCAUCUGAUACAGCUACACAGCUAUCAGAGCCAGCUGUAACCAGUGGAGGAACUAUGUAGAUGUUCAGGAUGGUUGGAAUUCAGUGCUAGUUAUUGUUGACCAUUAUGGUCAAAAUUAAGGGGUCUUUGCUUCUUUCGCUUGUCCAGGAGGACCAGAAUGAUCCAGACAUGGUUAGUAGAUUCUGUGGUAUUAUUUGUUGUUGCUAAUGAGGUAAGUUGUAGUUUGUGUUUUUUGUUGUUAUUCAGGUAAGUUGAUUUUUAUUAUGACAAAACUGUUUCGAGGAAUACUUGCUCUGAAAGUAGAGAUUAUCCUCUUAAUAAUUUUAACAUAAUAUAAAAAUGUGGAACAAAGAAGGUAAGCCAGUUUUUAAAUUGUGUUGAGGUUUUCUCUUGAGAUCUCCACUGAUGCCCAAAAUAAAUGGUAAGUUACAUACAUGAAAGAAUGUGGUUUGGCAAGAUUUUGAAAUCUAAAGAGAAUAGCUAAUGAAGCAGACUGUGGCACCUUCUAAAAAAUUACCAAGCUGUUUGUGGCAUUGUCCUGUAUUUACCCAUGGCUGGUUUUUUUUUUAGAACCAUUUAUAUUAUUCACCAUUUUGAAAUAGUCAAACUAUGGGAAAAUUGCCAAGGUGUGCAAUCUUUGGAGAAAUUUUGAUGAUGUCACAGAUUCUUGGGACAGUGUACUCUCUAUAGUUGACUUUUAUGGAGCCAAUGCUGGUAAUUUCAGCUACUACGCUAAGCCAGGUGCAUGGAAUGAUCCAGAUAUGGUAAGCCUUUGAGAUUUUACUAACAUUUCAAUCCAUUUAACUUUUUAAUCAGUUCAUUUUGUGACUUACCUUUCCCAUAAUUUUUCCAACCCAAUAAAAUAAUCCAUACAAAAUCAACCUAUUUGUUUCAAUUAAAACUCAUAUACUUGUAUGUAUUACCAGAGCUCUACUCUUUUGAAUAAUAGGUAACAACAUUACUGCCUUUUUGCCACUUCUACUUAUCAGCAGUCUUUGCUUUACAAAUUGCCUACAUAGACUUGGAUUUGAAAAUACAAAAUUUAAAGAUAAAUCAUGUCAUUAAUUUCAGUGUAGGAAUAACUGUAUGUGAAUUUUUUAAACUAGCGAAAUUUGGCAAUGCAUGAUUGAUUUGCACAUUUGAAAAAGGGUAAUUUCAUAUAACAGCUUAAAGGUACAUUUACGCUACAUAUUUGUUGCUGAGAUUCUCAGAUUUCUGUGACCAUGUGCUACUCACUGUAAUAAAUAUGUGGCCAAAUAGUUAAAUUUUCAAUAUUUUGUUAAGAGUUGCACUAUUUUGUAGGCUGACAAAAUACAGACACAAAUCACAUCAUAAUUUUUUUUUGGCGCAUGUGUUGGUACCGCCGACAGAUCUGGUUUACAACUGUUAAUUUAUAUGUGUAGUACAUAGUAAUAGUAUCCCUCCUGGUGAGCAUAUUUGCUAGCUCGAAGAUUACAAUUUUAAAGAUAAAUAUCAAGUUUAUUUUAUUAGUGUGGGCCAGUAGAGGUUGGAGGAAUAAAGUCAUGUUUUAAAAAUUGAAUUAAUUAAAGAUUAAAAUUUUUUUAAAUAUUUUUUUUCCCCUCCAUCAGUGGUUAUAUGUAAAAUGUUAUUUAAAAGAAAAAAUAACAUCUUAUUCAAUUAAAGAGCCACAUCCAGCAGCAGGUAGCUGACCGUUAUGCUAACACAUUAAUUUAAAAUUAAUAAAUGUAAACUAAAGUUCUUCAUCAGCAGCCACAGAUGUGACUGUUCAGUGUGAACACCUACGUGGGAUAAAUGUAUCAGUAGAUAGGCAACAUUGAUACACCACUGAUAUUUGUUUCUGCAACAAAUCUGUAUUGUGAACAUAGAUAUUUUCAUGAUACUUAGUACUUAAUUUUUUUUUGUUAAGGAAUUUUACAAAUUAUUUUAAAAGAUCUCUUUAUUUUAAAAAACAACAACAUUUAAACCAAAACCAUUUGUCCCAUUCCCAGCUGGUAGUUGGAGAUUUCGGUCUGAGCUACUACCAACAGAAAGCUCAGUUUGCACUGUGGUCUCUUUGGGCAGCACCUCUGAUGAUGUCAGUGGAUUUGAGGAAUGUUGAUCCCAUGGCAAAGCAGAUCCUUCAGAAUAAAAAUGUUAUUGCCAUCAAUCAGGAUCCUCUUGGUAACCAGGCUAUCAGGCUUUUUGAGGCAAGUCAUUGACUUUCAAUGUGAAAACUCUCUUUUGUUGCAUCUCAUCAUUUAUCACUAUAAAAAUAAUCAGUUAAGAUACUGGAAUUUCUUAGAAAAACUUGUUUCAACCGUUUGAUGUAAUGUCUCAGUAAUAAUUUCUUUCACAGUUUCGGGGCUCAAUAUCAGUGUGGGUUAAGAAACUUGCCAAGCCUGGAUCAGCAGCUAUUGGAAUUUUGAACAAGGAUAACCAAGGCACCCCCACCCCCUACAAGACCUCAUUUGCUGACAUGGGCUUCUCAAACACCAAAGGUUAUACCGUGAAGGAGGUCUUUGAGAACAAAAAUAUUGGUUCCUUUGGACUGACUGAACAAUUUACUCUCUAUGUGGAACCUACAAGUAUCUUUCUCAUAAUUGCUGAUCCUAAUUAAAUUUUGAUUUUUUUUUUUAUAAAGAUCAUAAGUGUUUCAAAGUUGUAUUGAUUUUCCUGUUUGGAAAUUAUUUUUGAAAACUUGUCACUUUGGAAAUAAUAUUGAAAUUAAUAUGUUUUCGAAAUUAUUAUAGAAAAUUUGGAUUUUUUAGAAAUAAAUUAAACAAAGUGCAUAAUUUACUGCCUCUUGAACAUGUCCAUUUGUGGGAUAUUUUCUUCUUAUAAUAUUUAGGAUGGUUACAUUUUCUUUGAAGACUCAACUGCAAUGCUGCCUGAAAGGAAAUAUACUUAAUUUUAACACUACUUAAGGAUAGUUCAUUCCACUCUCUUUUCUACAAGUUUUUUACUUCUAGGGAGAGAAAAUUGUCUAGCUUUUUUAAAAAAUUGCUUAUUUACAAAUAACUUUAUUUAGACACAUUAUAAAAUGAAGAUCUCAAAAGUUAGGCUCUUUCAGGUCAAAAUCAGCUAGUUUGAUUUACAGAAUGAUUAAUCUUUGUAUUCAAUGAUUGUAAUAAUGAUUAGACUUUAGUCAGCUUUUUUGUAUUUCUGUUGCUUCUAGGCAAUGCAACAAAAUCUUUUUGAUUUUUGCAAUUCAAUUUCCCAUUUAUUCAAUUUAUAAAAUUAUCUGCUGAAGCUAAUGCAAAGUUUUCAAGUAAUGAAUAUUUUUGUAUUGUUGUCUUUUAAAUUUUCCUAAAGUAUGUGAGAUGUUGUCUAUUACUACUAUUAGUGUUUCUCAACCUGUGUGUGGUGGAUAGCAAAGCAGUGCCAUAAAUUUGUUUUUGCUAAUUGUAGUUUGAAAGAAUUAUUGAAAUUAUAACAAAAGUUGUAAUUUCAUAUUGACUAAGAUCAGUUUCAAUUUGUUGAGCUGUUACAAAUUACAUUCCAUGUAUAAAAAAAUGAAAUCUAUUGUAUUUGUGAUACAAAAAUAAUUUGAGAAAUGUAAAAUUAAUUUGCUCAUUCUUUAUGUUUUGAAAUGAGUGUAUUUGAUAAUCUGUUCUAAUGUUCUUAAAUGUAAUGAAGUGUGAUAAGUUUGUUAUUUAAGCUUAAAUACUCUGGGGCUUGACUUUUUUUUAUUGUAUUGAUUACAUUUUAAAAUAUGUGAAAGAUGGCCCAAAAGAUUCUUAAUUUUUAUUUCAUUCAGUAGAAUUAAAAUCCAUUUCUUACACACUAUACUCUUCAUUGAUCAAUCUUCAACUUCACUAACUGAUAGUAUUGAUGAAUGACUAAUCAUCUGAAUGGAGUUUCAGAUUAGUUUACUGAUAUUAUAAAAUCACCACUAGAACUAUUUCUACAUUUUUACUUUGUUUAUAUUAAUUUUACUAGAUUUUGCGCACCAUUUAUUAUUAUUUUUGCUUCAUACCAUUGUGGUUUUCAGGAUUGUUAUCAACCAUGACAAGUUGUUAAAGUUGCCUGAGAAUAAAGUAUUUCUUGUUAUGUUUUCUUACUGAGCAACAACAUGACUUCAUUUAAAGAGCCAUUUCUAGAGCCAUGUUGAAUGCCAAAGAAAUGUUUCAAUGUCAUACUGUUAUAAUGCAAUACAAAUGUUGUAAUGUCAUGGCUAGGCAAUCAUUUGAUGACAUGAAUGUAACUCCUUCAUUAUUUUCAUCACACACACAUGCUUUAUUUUAAAUGUAGUCUGCAAAACUUAAGUGGAUAAUGAUCUUUUAAAAAAAUGUGAUAAAUUUCUUUGAAAAUUUCAUUCCUUGAAAUGGAGAUUAUUAAAAUUGAUCACCUAAGUCAGUGUUGAAUUGUUUUUCAUAUAAAUGUGUGCUUUAUGGUCAAGG